AUGGACCUGGUGACGGCUUGCAUGAAAGGUUCGACGCCGGGUAAAUUAGAAAAAAAAAUGGGGGCCUUUGUGAAAGUUAAGGAUUUGCGUUUCUCAGCGCAAAAACAUGAAACACUUUUAAAAUUAACCAUUUUAUCCUUAGCUGCUGUUUUAUCUUUUGGAACUCGUUUGUUUUCUGUAUUGAGAUACGAAAGUGUAAUUCAUGAGUUCGAUCCUUACUUUAACUACAGAACGACAAAGUUCCUCGCUGAAGAAGGCUUUUAUAAUUUUCACAAUUGGUUUGAUGAUCGAGUAUGGUAUCCUCUAGGAAGAAUCAUCGGAGGUACAAUUUACCCAGGUCUGAUGGUAACCUCAGCAACACUAUACCAUCUUGCUCAGAUGUUGAACAUCACUAUCGACAUUCGUAAUGUCUGUGUGUUCUUAGCUCCAUUAUUCUCAAGCUUUACGACAAUAGUAACAUAUUUAUUAACUAAGGAAUUGAAAGACUCGUCAUCUGGAUUAUUUGCCGCUUGUAUGAUUGCCAUUGUACCAGGAUACAUAUCACGAUCUGUAGCUGGAUCAUAUGAUAACGAAGGAAUAGCGAUAUUUUGUAUGCUAUUUACCUAUUACAUGUGGAUAAAAGCCGUAAAGACCGGUGCGAUAUUUUGGUCAACGUGUGCAGCCCUCGCCUACUUUUACAUGGUUUCUUCCUGGGGUGGUUAUGUCUUCCUUAUCAAUCUUAUUCCACUUCACGUGUUAACUCUCAUGGUCACCGGUCGAUUCUCUCAUCGAAUUUACACUGCUUACAGUAUUCUUUACUGUAUUGGUACUAUUUUAUCAAUGCAGAUUGCGUUUGUUGGAUUCCAGCCUGUCCAAAGUUCUGAACAUAUGCUCGCAUUGGGAGUAUUUGGAUUGUGUCAAAUUCAUGCAUUUGUUGAUUAUCUGCGUAGUAAACUAUCAGAAACAUCAGUAUCGGAGCAUCAGCCAACAUCAUGGAGCUCAUUUUAUUUCGACCUGCAAGUACUCGUGUUUCUGUUCCCAGCCGGUUUAUACGUAUGCUUUUCAAAGUUAACAGACUCAAACAUAUUUCUUAUACUUUACGGUGUAACUAGUCUCUAUUUUGCGGGUGUUAUGGUACGUCUGAUGCUGGUACUAGCGCCUGUGAUGUGUAUCUUAGGUGGAAUAGGCGUAUCAUCGUUACUAUUAACGUACAUGAAGCAGCUCGAAAGUAAUAAAAUAGUAGAGAAAAAGUCACGCAAGUUUGAGAAUAAUUACGUAUUACGAGGAGAGAUCGCAAUGUUGUUCGUUGCGAUUGUAGGGAUGCUAUUUUUCUCAUACACGUUACACUGUACGUGGGUCACUGCUGAAGCCUACAGUUCACCGAGUAUUGUAUUAUCAGCACGAUCUCCAGACGGUGGACGGAUGAUCUUCGACGAUUUCCGGGAAGCUUACUACUGGUUACGUAUGAACACUCCAGAAGACGCUAAAGUUAUGUCAUGGUGGGAUUACGGUUAUCAGAUAACGGCAAUGGCUAAUCGCACGAUUUUAGUUGACAAUAAUACGUGGAAUAAUACCCACAUAUCGCGUGUUGGUCAAGCUAUGGCUAGUUCCGAGGAAAAGGCCUAUCAAAUUAUGCGUGAACUAGAUGUUAAUUAUGUGCUGGUCAUUUUUGGCGGACUAACGGGAUACUCGUCUGACGAUAUUAACAAGUUCCUGUGGAUGGUUCGUAUCGGCGGUAGUACUGAAGAAGGAAAAUCCAUCACUGAGUGGGAUUAUUAUAAUCCUUCUGGUGAAUUUAGAGUUGACAAAGAUGGAUCGCCGACUUUACUCAACUGCUUGAUGUACAAGAUGUGUUAUUAUCGUUUUGGACAAGUUUACACUGAAGGAGGUAAACCAUCUGGGUACGACAGGGUCAGAAAUAUGGAAAUAGGACACAAAGACUUUGAGCUAGAAACAUUAGAAGAGGCCUACACAACAGAACACUGGCUAGUGCGCAUUUAUAAAGUUAAAGACUUAAAAAAUAGAGGAUAUUAG